AUGGCUACAUUUGGUUUGACAGAGAAGCCACAUGCAGUUUGCAUACCAUACCCAGCUCAAGGUCACAUAACACCAAUGCUUCAAUUAGCCAAACUCCUCCACUACAAGGGCUUUCACAUUACCUUUGUGCACACAGAAUUCAACCACAGACGCCUGCUUAAAUCCCGAGGUCCCAACUCUCUUGAUGGCCUCCCAUUCUUCCGGUUUGAAACCAUUCCCGAUGGCCUCCCUCCAACCGAUGCCAAUGCCACCCAAGACAUAACUGCUCUAUGCCUUUCCACUAGUAAAAAUUGCUUAGCACCCUUCAGAGACCUUUUGUCAAAGGUCAAUUCUGUGCCUGAUUCCCCUCCAGUUACUUGUAUAGUUUCUGAUGGUGGCAUGACCUUCACUCUUGAUGCAGCCCAAGAAUUGGGCAUUCCGGAAGUUAUUUUGGAGACACUAAGUGCUUGUGGCUUGAUGUGCUACCUACAGUAUCGCCCUCUCAUUGAAAAGGGCUUAAUGCCUCUUAAAGAUGCUAGCUAUUUGACAAAUGGGUAUUUGGAUACUGAGAUAGAUUGGAUACCAGGCAUGAGAGGUAUCCGAUUGAGGGACAUCCCAAGCUUCAUCAGAACCACAGACCCAAAUGACUUCAUGCUGAAUUUUCUGUUGGUUGAGAUGGCAAGAGUUAAAAGAGCUUCUGCCAUUAUUUUGAACACGUUUGAUGCGUUAGAGCAUGAAGUUUUAGAUGGACUAUCAACUCUGCUACCACCUGUUUAUUCCGUUGGACCCCUACAUCUACAGCUUAAUCAGAUCCCAGCAGAUAACGAGUUGAAGUCCAUUGGAUCAAACCUGUGGACAGAAGAACCAAUGUGUCUUGAUUGGCUUGACUCUAAAGAACCUAACUCUGUGGUUUAUGUCAACUUUGGAAGUAUCACAGUCACGACAGCUGAGCAGCUGAUUGAGUUUGCUUGGGGACUUGCAAACAGCAACCAGACCUUUUUUUGGGUGAUCAGGCCUGACCUUGUUGGUGGGGAAGCAGCUGUGGUUCCACCAGAGUUUAUGGAAGAGACCAAAGAAAGGGGUCUAUUGGCAAGUUGGUGCCCUCAAGAACAAGUUCUGAGCCACCCAGCCGUAGGAGGGUUCUUGACACACAGUGGUUGGAACUCUACUCUUGAGAGUUUGUGUGGUGGAGUGCCCAUGAUCUGUUGGCCCUUCUUUGCAGAGCAACAAACCAAUUGUAGGUUCUGUUGCAAAGAGUGGGGCAUAGGCAUGGAGAUAGAGGGUGAUGUUAAAAGAAAUUACGUAGAGGGGCUUGUGAGAAAGUUAAUGGAGGGAGAUGAGGGCAAAGAGAUGAGGAAGAAAGCCUUGGAAUGGAAGAAGUUGGCAAAGGAGGCCACCAUUGGUCCAAAUGGGUUAUCUUUUGUGGGUUUGGACAAAUUGGUUAACCAGGUGCUUCUAUCUCCGAGGAAUUAG